AUGGCAGCAGCGACAUCGACUAAAAAUGCACAUUUACGAACACUUUUUGUGCGCGGAACUAGACAUUGUCUUUUUGUUUGGGUGAGUUUUGAAAUUUUUCUGAAGAGAGAAUCUACUGGGAAAAAGAUGGAUUUAUGAUCUAAUUUAUAGGGUUUCGAAUUUCUGGUUGUGGAAAUUUGAACAAAUUGUUUUUUUUUCAGAUAACCGAUAUGUUUUCGCUUCAUUGUAUAUUCGGACCAUUUGUCACUGCCACGUUGGCAUUUCAGAUUGUUGAAAAAUUACUGAAAUCGCUGAAAAACCACGAACAAAGAUAUUUUAUCAUUAACACCACAAGUUUCUAA